GUUAGGUUACUCUUGCUUUGGCAUUUAAGCAUUCCAUUAGAUAGCUAGCUUUCUGUCUAUCUAACGUUAACGUUACCUUUAGCAAGGAUGGCCAGGCAAAGUUCUGUUUUGGGGUGACGAGCAAAGGACCAAAGUUAGGCCUAUACGAUGAACAUUUAGUGAGUGACAUCUGUCUUCAAAGAAUGGACCAUCAGAUUGAUGACCCAAAGCUUGCUUUUGCUUACCUCCGUCCAGCCUGUGUGCUCCUGACUCGUGAGCCCACGGUGGGCAAUGUGGAAACCCUGAGCACACAGCUGAGGCAUGUAAAUCAUGGAACUCUGCAGCAGCUGCAGGACUAUGUCCUUUUUCCUCUCCGCUUCAUCCUCAAAAUCCCUGGCCCCAAGCGGGAUGGCUUGAUCCAGGCUGUGGCCGAGGCCAUGGGAUAUGUCCUGGAGAACACCUGUGUACGGAGCUGGGAGACGCUGAGGGACCUUCUCUCAGAGCUCUGCCUCUGCCUCUGCUCCCCCACGGACCCAGGGAAGCCAGCACCUACCUCCGAGGAGCUGAGAGCUGCAGUACUGAGGUGCCUGGAUGCUCUGCUCCAUGCAGCCUAUGGUGACGUGGUCUUCAAGCUGUUUGAGCCCACCAUGCUGCCUGGCCUUGGGGCUGCUAUCUCCCUGCUGCUGGCACUGGGAGAGCAGGAGAAGUCCCGCACCGUGCAGGCUGCUGCUCUGAAAUGCCUGCAGGCCCUGACCCUCCAGUGUGACUGUUCUAUGGACCAUGUGUUGGUGGAUCAGAAGGAGAGGCGUAUCCUAGGCAGCACCAUGGCUUCUUUCUUACCUGGGAUCACCAUCGCUGUGAGCCGUGUGAUCACUGGCGAUAUGAGACAUGGACAUGCUGUCACAGUUAGGGCCAUUAAGGUGUGGUUCAAGACAGUGGGAUUGGUGAUGGCUGACGACCAGCUUCAGAACACAGGGACUGGGGAGAGACAGCUGUGGGAACUGGGGAGAGUAUGGGAGCUGGUAGUGCAGAGAACUCAGGACUGGGUGCGAGACACCUCUGGGAGGCUGGCCUUACUGUUAAAAAAGAUAAUCUCCUGCACCUCAGCUCAUCAGCACUGGAGAGUGAGGCUUGAAAUGGUGAACUUCUCAGACCACCUCCUGGCCAACUGUAAUUCCUCCCUGGGUGAGUGUGUGGGCCCCCUCCUGGAGGCUCUGGUGGGGGCUGUGAACGAUGAGGAGCCCACUGUGAGGGAGAGGUGUGAGGCUGCCCUGAGGGAGGUGGCAGAGAGGCAUCAGAGCUCAGAUAGUAACAACCAGGCCUUUACUGACGUUCUGUCAGAGAACCUCCACUCCCUGGCCACCUCGCUGCCGCGCCUCAUGAGAACGUCUGAUGACCAGCGUAAGGUGUUUGUCCUCAACGUGUUCCUGGGCUACCUCAAAAUCCUGGGCCCCAAGGUGAUAGUGGUACUCAACUCGGCGGCCCACCUCCAGCGGGUGUCCAAGGCCCUGAUGCAGGUGUUGGAGUUAGACGUGAUGGACGUACGCAUCGUGGAGGAGAGGAGCUCUGCCGUAACUGUGGAGACGGGGCCCGGGCCACAUGGGGCACAUGCUCAGAGGAAGCACUUCCUCUACUUCACAGACGAAAGAAUCUUCUCCCUGCUCAAGGAGAUCUGCAGGGUGUUAGGUUACUAUGGGAACGUCUAUCUCCUAGUAGAUCACUUCAUGGAUCUGUACAAGGAGUCAUCGGUCUACAGGAAGCAAGCUGCAAUGGUGCUGAAUGAGGUGAUCACAGGAGCAGCAGGCAUCGGUGUGGCAGGAGGCCAGGAGAGGCAGGGAGUGCCCAGUCAGGAGGACCUGAAAGCAGUAGUAGAAUCCAUCAUAGAGGAGUACAUCUGCCUGAGCCACUGGCACCUGCCAACCCUUAUUGGUGAGGAGUCAGACAGAGGGGAACAGGAGCAGCAAACUCAGUUUAGUCUCUUCUCCAUAUCUAAUGGGGUUGAAGGGAAAGGGAAUCCCCUCCAGUUGGUCCAAGCAGUCCACAAGAGCUCCAACAUCCACGAGCUGAACAGCAACAUCUGGCAGAUCUGCAUUCAAUUGGAGGGGAUAGGCUGCUUCGCCCAGGCCUUGGGGAUGGACUUCCGUCUCAUUCUGAUGACAUCACUGUACCCGGUUCUGGAGAAGGCCGGGGAUGAAACCCUGUUGAUCAGCCAGGCAGCGCUGGAUGCCAUGUGGGACAUCAGCCAGGCCUGUGGAUACGCCUCCCUGAAGGAGCUGAUCAAUGAGAACUCAGAUUACCUGCUGAACGACGUGUCUUUGAACCUCCAGAGGCUGGGUGUCCACCCCCACGCCCCCAGGGUCCUAACCGUCAUGUUCAGUCACUCCGACCCCAGCUUGCUGCCUCUGGUGGGGGACAUAGUCCAGGACGUGCUGCUGGCUCUGGACAUGAGCUACGACGAGACGUCCCCUCUGUUCUGCACUGUGCUGCACUCACUUAUGAAGGCUCUAGCGAGGUGGUUCCCCUCUAGUGUUGCGGGAACAAGUGACGCUUUGGGAACCAAGAAGGUGUGGCGCGAGCAGGACCAGCUGAAUGUGCGCCAGUUUCUCCUGGACUACCACAAACAGAAGGAGCUGGCAGUGGGCAUCGGGGCAGAGGAGGAGGGCACAGAGCACCCAGAGCUCCCACCAAGCAUGGACUGUGAAGAGGAUAUGGAUGGUCCUGAUGUGAAAGUUGAGCUUCCAGCCCACAUCACCAUAGCUAAAGACGUCAUGGAGCGCUGCAUUCACCUGCUCUCAGACCCCAGCCUGAGACUCAGACUCAAGGUCCUGGAUGUGUUGGAGCUGUGUGUGUGUGUGCUAAGUCAGAAGGAGAAUGAGCUACUGCCCAUGGCCCACCGCUGCUGGCCUGCCCUGCUGCUCAGACUUACUGCUGAUGAACCAUUAGCUGUCCUCCGAGCCUUCAGGGUUCUGUGCACAUUGGGGGAAACCUGCAGAGAUUUCCUGAGGAAGAGGGUGUCUAAAGAGGUGAUCCCCAAGCUGACUGCCUGGCUGUCCAAACAGGCGCCAGUGAGUGCCAGGGCUGGCCCAGUCUACAGCCACACCCUGGCCUACAAGUUACAGCUGGCUGUGCUGCAGGGCCUGGGGGCUCUCUGCCUUCAUCUGGACCUAGGGGACUCCGAUAUGGAUGCUGUAACGGAAUCCUGCUUGCCCUACCUCAGCUGUAGACAGCCACCCAAACUGCAAGAGGCCUGUCUGAGUGUCUUCCUCCGCCUAAUAGAAGUGGAUCCUGAUGCCUUCUGGUUGACUCUGAACGAGCUGUACUGUCCCUGCUCCUACAACCCACCCCACCCUGACCUGCAGCCUGUGGAGCUGAGUGGGAUGGGCCUCCCGAGGAAUGAAUACACAGAUAAUGUCUUGAAACUCCUGGAGGACUUUGCCUGAGGACACACAGCCAGCAGGGAUUCAGAUCCAGUGAGCUGCACUGAUGAACAGUACCCCAGUCAUCCACCCGUCUGUCCCCAAGCCGGGAAAGGAACACUACACUGACGACAGCCUCAGGAGAGCAUAGCUUGUCCCCCAACCUCUUUUCAGGGACUCUGCCUUGCAGACUUCAUCCUAUAGUUUAACAGUGACUUUGAAACACAAAUGUUAAGUGCUGAUUCUGUUGUGUUGGGUAAGGGUGUACAUAUUCCAAUGUGCUCCCAAGGGAUGGAGAAACGACCAGUAUUUUGAAUGUAAAGAGAGAAAAAAAGGUAGUAAUUAAUAGUCCUCUUUUUAAUAAACAAUUAUUGUUUUUUUUAUUAUAACAGAAAUGUAUUUUUCCUGACCUCUUCGUUGUAACUGCUUAGCCUAUCAUACAAGUAGCUGUAGCAAUCUAUGCCAUAAUUGAUCUUUUCUACCGUAAGUAGAAUGGCAGAGCUUUCAUUUGCCUGCAAUUCCACCUUUUUUUAAAUGUAUGUUAUUUUUUAUUUAUUUUCACCUUUAUUUAACCAGGUAGGCCAGUUGAGAACACCUUUAUUUAACCAGGUAGGCCAGUUGAGAACAAGUUCUCAUUUACAACUGCGACCUGGCCAAGAUAAAGCAAAGCAGUGCGACACAAACAACAACACAGAGUUGGUUUCUCAAAUGAUUGCCUCGCCUGGUUCACCAACUACUUCUCUCAUAGAGUUCAGUGUGUCAAAUCGGAGGGCCUGUUGUCCGGGCCUCUGGCAGUCUCUAUGGGGGUGCCACAGGGUUCAAUUCUUGGGCUGACUCUCCUCUGUAUACAUCAAUGAUGUCGCUCUUGCUGCUGGUGAGUCUCUGAUCCACCUCUACGCAGACGACACCAUUCUGUAUACUUCUGGCCCUUCUUUGGACAAUGUGUUAAGAACCCUCCAGACGAGCUUCAAUGCCAUACAGCUCUCCUUCCGUGGCCUCCAACUCUUAAAUACAAGUAAAACUAAAUGCAUGCUUUUCAACCGAUCACUGCCUGCACCUGCCCGCCCAUCCAGCAUCACUACUCUGGACGGUUCUGACUUAGAUUAUGUGGACAACUACAAAUACCUAGGUGUCUGGUUAGACUGUAAACUCUCCUUCCAGACUCACAUCAAACAUCUGCAAUUCAAAGAUAAAUCUAUAAUCAGCUUCCUAUUUUGCAACAAAGCAUCCUUCACUCAUGCUGCCAAACAUUCCCUCGUAAAACUGACCAUCCUACCAAUCCUCAACUUUGGCAAUGUCAUCUACAAAAUAGCCUCCAAUACCCUACUCAAUAAAUUGGAUGCAGUCUA